AUGUCUUCUUCAGUUGUUGAACCCGUCGGGAUGAUGAAGAAAAGCUACCGUCAUAAAUCUCAGAGAUUAUGGGCAAAGCUAGUGAUGAGAAAGUGGUUGAAUAUAAGUGCUAGAGAUCCUGAGUAUGGUGCUGAUACUGAAGACGAAUCCGAAAACGACGGCGUUGGAGACGAAAACGACGACUCUAGCUCCGAUGAAGAAGGUGGAGAAUCGAGCUCGCGGGUUUGUGAGAACGCGGAAGACGCAAUCGCCGCUGGUUCAGCCGCCGUAGACGCCGCAGCAGCGGCUAGGGAGUUUAUUAGCAAUGAUGCUCCGAUGAAGUUAAGAAGAAGAAACUCAGAAACAUUAAGAACACAGUAUAUUAACACCAAAGAAAUAAGAGUUUGUGUUGGUACGUGGAACGUUGGAGGAAUCUCACCACCUUCUGAUCUUGACAUCGAUGACUGGAUCGAAAUUAAUCAUCCUGCUGAUAUCUACGUUCUUGGUUUGCAAGAGAUUGUACCUUUGAAUGCUGGAAACAUACUUGGAGCUGAAGAUAAUCGACCGGUUGCGAAAUGGGAAGAAGUGAUCAGAGAAGCAUUGAACAGAGUUAGACCGAAACUCUCUGGGGUUAAGAGUUACAGUGAUCCACCAUCUCCGGGAAGAUUUAAACCUUUUGAGGAAACACAUGAUGUUAUAGAGGAAGAAGUAGCUUACGAGACUGAUAGUGACGCAGGGGUUGAGGUUCACCCGAUUGACGAGGAGGAAGAAAGCGAAACCCUUGGAGAGUUAAAGCAUGAUGGUGGAGUUAUCAGUGAAGUCAACACUCUUGUUGACCCGAAUUCCGGUUCACCGGCUGUUGAGAUUAAGAAACAGUUCUCGUCUCCUAAGAAGCAUCUAGACAGACAGAUAUGUUUACGUGUUGAUAGCAUUGAGAAGAAUAUGAACGAGGAGGAUACCGCUGAAACCGGUAUGAAAACGAUAAACCGGAUGCUAAGCGGGAAAGAACGGAUCGGUUUGAGCUGGCCUGAGCCGCCUUUGAACAUGUUAGGACCCUUGUGCGUACUCGAUAGACAGCCGUCGUUAAAGUCAGUGAAGUCACUAACAACAUCGAAAUCUUUCAAGGCUUACAGUUCGUUCAAAUCUGUAGCCGGAAGCAACAGCGGGAUACCGCCUGAGGUAUUGGCUCUAGCGGAAAUGGACCUGACGUUGCUAAUGGAGAGGAAACGAAGACCGGCUUAUGUGAGGCUAGUGAGUAAACAAAUGGUUGGGAUUCUUUUGACUAUUUGGGUUAAACGAAGCCUGCGAAAACACAUUCAAAAUGUUCGAGUCUCUACGGUUGGAGUUGGCAUCAUGGGUUAUAUUGGUAACAAGGGAGCUGUGUCCGUGAGCAUGUCGAUAAAUCAGACGUUCUUCUGUUUCAUAAACACGCAUUUGACGGCAGGAGAAAGAGAGGUUGAUCAGAUCAAAAGAAAUGCCGAUGUUCACGAGAUACAUAGAAGAACAAUCUUUCACUCUGUCUCAGCUCUUGGACUUCCCAAGCUUAUCUAUGAUCACGAAAGAAUAAUCUGGUUAGGCGACCUCAACUACCGGCUGAAUCUAUCGUAUGAGAAGACCGGAGACUUAAUCUCAAAGAAAGAAUGGUCCAAGUUGCUUGAACAUGACCAGCUGGUAAAGGAAUACAGGAAAGGUCGAGCAUUUGAUGGAUGGUCAGAAGGAACUUUAAAUUUUGCACCGACUUACAAGUACCAAGCGAAUUCCGAUGAGUACACCGGAAAUGAUGGAAAGGCGGUGAGGAGAACACCAGCUUGGUGUGAUAGAGUACUAUCAUACGGGAACGGAAUGAGGUUGGUUCAUUACAGGCGAACGGAACAGAGAUUCUCAGAUCAUCGUCCAGUUACAGCGAUAUACAUGGCUGAAGUCGAGGUGUUUUCUGCUCGAAAGCUUCAACGAGCAUUGACAUUUACGGAUGCAGAGAUUGAGAACGAGGAACUUGUGGCCGUCAUUGUUUAA